CCAUUAUUCUGGGUUUGGGCCUAUUUCAGGCUUUGCUUCGCCUCAUCUAGGCCCAUAUAUUUUUCCAGUUUUAUUUUAAAAAAAAAUUAAAUUUGGAUUUUUGUCUUCUGGCUUGUGUUUGUGAUACAGACCACAGGUGCCGGAUCGAAGACUCUUUAUCUAUCUGGCUGAUAAUUCCCGCCAACCGGAAAACCACCAUGGCCACCGCCGCAUCCGCCGCCAUGGCGCUCCUCCGCUUGCCGUCGAUGCGACAGUCCCCACCCUCCUCCGUUAUUUUUUCCCGCCCCAGAAAACCACGCACGAAGUUCACCGUCGUCGCCGCAGCUCCAAACCCAGAGUUGCCGGAAAAUGUACGGACAUUUUGGAAAUGGCUCGGAGACCAAGGCGUCAUCUCGGGGAAAACGGCGGUGGAACCCGGCAUGGUCCCUGAGGGUCUGGGCCUUGUAGCUGGGCGCGACAUCGGACGAAACGAGGUCGUUUUGGAGAUCCCAAAUCGGUUCUGGAUAAACCCAGACACCGUUGCAGCCUCCGAGAUUGGACCCGUAUGCGGCGGACUGAAACCGUGGGUUUCAGUGGCUCUGUUCUUGAUCAGAGAGAAGCUUCGUGAAGAUUCUCCAUGGCGGGGUUACAUGGAUGUUCUUCCUGAAUCCACUGAUUCUGCUGUCUUCUGGUCAGAGGAGGAGCUAGCUGAGCUCCAAGGGACUCAGUUGCUGAGCACCACAUUGGGCGUGAAAGAUUACCUUGAAAACGAAUUCACGAAACUGGAAGAGGAGAUAUUACUUCCUAACCAGCAUCUCUUCCCAUCCCGCAUAGCACUAAAUGACUUCAUCUGGGCAUUCGGGAUUCUCAGAUCAAGAGCUUUCUCUCGUCUCCGUGGCCAAAAUCUUGUCUUGAUCCCUCUCGCAGAUCUGGUAAACCAUAGUGUGGCAAUAACCUCGGAAGAUUAUGCAUAUGAGAUCAAAGGAGCUGGUCUGUUCUCAAGGGAUCUCUUGUUUUCAUUGAGAGCCCCAGUUUCUGUUAAAGCAGGUGAGCAGGUGUUCAUUCAGUAUGAUCUGAACAAAAGCAAUGCAGAACUUGCUCUAGACUAUGGCUUUGUGGAACCAAACCCUAACCGCAAUUCAUACACAUUAACUCUGGAAAUACCUGAAUCAGACCCCUUUUUCGGAGAUAAGUUGGACAUAGCUGAGACCAAUGGGGUGGCCGAGACUGCCUACUUUGACAUAGUAGAGGGCCAGACUCUCCCUGCUGGUAUGCUUCAGUACCUACGGCUUGUGGCCCUUGGAGGUGCAGAUGCCUUCCUAUUAGAAUCUAUCUUCAGAAACGCCAUCUGGGGCCAUCUUGAUUUGCCUGUAAGCCGUGCCAACGAGGAACUUAUAUGCCGGGUGGUCAGAGAUGCCUGCAAACUGGCUCUUUCGGGCUAUGGUACCUCCAUUGAAGAGGACGAGAAGUUGCUGGAAGAAGGAAAGCUUAGCCCGAGGAUGGAAAUAGCCAUCAAGAUAAGAGCUGGUGAGAAGAGGGUGCUUCAGCAGAUUGACGACAUCUUCAAAGAGAGAGAGCUUGAACUUGAUGUGUUGGAGUACUACCAGGAAAGAAGGCUCAAAGAUCUUGGCUUGGUUGGAGAGCAAGGCGAAAUCAUCUUCUGGGAAACCAAGUGAGAGCUUAAGAUCACUUUCCAGAGAUGGUGUGAGCCUUUUUUUUUUCUGCAGAGGCAAAUUCAAGGCAACAAAGGAAAAAUCUUCACCAGUUUUCUUAGCCCGAAACCCAUAGGAACUAGUAGAGAGAUGUAUCAAGCUUGACAGGAAAAUAGCUGAUACCUGUUACAAUCUGUUACUUAGGCCAUUGUUGAAAGACAGCCUCUUUCUUGGGUUA